AUGGGCUAUCUUGAACCACGACGUACUGGUAAGCUCACUGCUCCUUUAGAUUCUGAUCCUCAGGUCCGAAAGCGAUUUGCCAAAUCGCUUCAGUUCAUCAGCCUCAAUUUGGUUAGUGACUACAGCACCCCCCCUAUCCUCGAACUUCUUGGAAAGGACGAGUAUGAAUCACUCCAAGAAUUUCGGAGAGACUAUACAGAUCUCCUCAGAUCUGUCCAGGCAUAUCCUCAACAGAUCGCAGAACUCCACGUUAUUUCAGUUUUCCGAUGCUUGCUCGUAUUUUCCGGCGGGAGGGAUGAUUUACGGCAACGGAAACUUGACCCUACGAUCUCAGCUAAUACUAAUGCCAACCUAUAUUCUUCUCUUGUUGGCAUUUCCGGGUCGGAUAGUUUUGGAUCUGUCAACAUGCAAGCAAUGCUAGACGUUCUGUCACAAUCCAAGGUCUUCGCCGAUGACGAUAUUUGCUCGUUGAACAUUACGCGCUUGACUAGUCAAAUGGAUCUUCCAACUGACGUACUCUGCGACUUUGGCAAAGCGCUGGUUGAUAAAAUCCACGGAGAUGCGUCUAUACCUUUGAACUACCUUUGA